UUUAGUGCUAAGCGUAAUUAACCCGGAAAAAAGGGCCGAGAGACCAGAGAGGGGGAGGGGGAAGGAGGAGAAGAGACAGAGAUACAGAAAGAGACAGAAACAUUGACAGUUCUAGGGACCGAGAGAGAUUGGCCGGGAGACCGAGAGUUGGCCAGUGAGUGGGGAGAAGAGCCAAUUGCAAACCCCGAUGUGAAGCAGCCGGAGACUCCCGGGCCCCCUGCGCAGCGGGGGUGAUGUGAGCAGGGCACAGGAAUGCCUUAUGUGGAUCGGCAGAAUCGAAUUUGUGGGUUCUUGGACAUUGAGGACAAUGAGACCAGUGGCAAGUUCCUGCGGAGAUACUUUAUCCUGGACACCCAGGCUAACUGCCUCCUUUGGUACAUGGACAAUCCUCAGAACCUGGCAAUUGGAGCAGGAGCUGUUGGAUAUUUGCCAUUGACCUACAUCUCCAAGGUGAAUAUAGCCACUCCAAAACAGAAACCAAAAACUCCAUUUUGCUUCGUUAUCAAUGCCCUUUCUCAGCGUUAUUUCCUGCAAGCUAAUGACCAGAAAGACCUGAAGGAUUGGGUGGAGGCACUGAACCAAGCCAGCAAGAUCACAGUGCCCAAAGUGGGGAGCCUGCCCCUGGCUACUGAGGUUGCUAAGAGCCCAGCAAUUCCUCAGUCUCUAGAAAAAAAGCAACAGGUGGCAUAUAAAACAGAGAUCAUUGGUGGGGUUGUAGUGCACACACCCAUCAACCAGAAUGGCGGGGAUGGGACAGAUGCAGGUGGGCAAGGCCACCAUGCUAUUCUCCGAAGGUCUCAAAGCUACAUCCCUACUUCAGGCUGCCGAGCCCCAGCUGGGCCACCCCUCCUUAAGAGUGGCUACUGUGUGAAACAGGGGAAUGUGAGAAAGAACUGGAAACGUCGUUUCUUUGCUCUUGAUGAUUUCUCCCUUUCCUACUUCAAGUGUGAACAGGACAGGGAGCCUCUGCGAACCAUCCUUCUGAAAGAUGUACUCAAGACUCAUGAGUGUCUGGUCAAAUCUGGAGAUCUCUUGAUGAGAGACAACCUAUUUGAAAUAAUAACAAGCUCCCGGACCUUCUAUAUUCAGGCUGACAGCCCAGAAGACAUGCACAGCUGGAUCAAGGAGAUUGGUGCAGCUGUCCAGGCUCUCAAGUGCCAUCCUAAAGAAAUGUCCUUCUCUAGAUCAGUUUCGUUGUCCCGGCCUGGAAGCUCCACGUUCUCAGGUGUGCCCACCCCCACCUCAUGCAGAGGAAGGCCACCUGGGGAAGAGAAGAAAGGUCCUUACAAAGCCCCCUUCGUUGCUUCAUCCUGGCAGCCCUGGACGCCUGUCCCGCAGGCAGAUGACAAGGUGCUUCUGAAUGAAGAGACUUCUAGAGGCUCCCCGUUCAUGUCCAGACUCGGGGACGGCGAUGCCGCCGUGUUGUCAGGUUCUCGGGUACGGCAUCGCUCGGAGCCCCAGCACCCCAAAGAGAAACCGUUUAUGUACAACCUGGACGACGAGCACAUAAGGACCUCUGACGUGUAACUAGGCCCAGCACAAGUUUCUUUGGCUUGAGGGACAGCGCUGUGACGGUCAUUCUGCCGGGGAGUUGGUAGGUCUGGAGCCUCCCAGCAGGGUAGACCCUCGAGUUCUU